AACUAAGCCUUCCUCAAAAAUUCCCCAAAUCCCCCCCUCUUUCUUUGUCAGUCUCACACAAAAUACGCAUUACAAAACCUCUCUUUCUCUCUCACCGGACAUUAUCAAACAGGUGAAUCCAGUCGCCUCCGUCGCUAAUCCCGUGUCUAACCGUACACCCGUGAGUCUCCUUCGAUUCGUUUUCGCAACACUUCUCUCGUUGUUAUUUCCGUUUUCCGCCCGCACCUGUUUUCUCCUCCGCCGAGGCCUUUUCUCCGGCGAUUGCUAACUUGCGCCGUGUUUUGUUCCUACACCGACGCACGUAAUACGUAUAGAUGUACAUAUGUUUGUGGAACGUAUGAUUAUGUGAAGGUGAUUGGGAAACAAGGCACUCGAUUUGAAUGAAGCAGUGCAAGUGGAGUAACUGAAGGGAGGAUGGCCUAUUUUGGAAACUACACGAAUGGAACAGUUGCAGCAGGCGGUGUAUUAAAUGACAAGAGCCAGCAUGGAAGUAUUGAUAGAGCUGAAAAUAACGUAAGCAAUGAUGAUUUAGAUGCAACAUUAUGCAUCGGUAAGGAGUUUGAAACAAAGAUGGAAGAUGGACGGUACGGGAGUGAUGGUGAACCAUAUGCUAUGAGUAGGAUGCAGUACGACACAACAGCUGGUAAUGGUGAAGGUAGCUUAUCAAAUUUACAAGCUUCUACUAGUACAAAAAAGGCAGCUGGGAGAUGGGGCUCGACUUUUUGGAAGGACUAUCAACCCAUGCAUCAAAAACCCGAGUUAGAGUCCAUGCAAGAAUCAAAAAGCAGUUCUGGAUAUAAAAAUGAAGAAGGCUCUGACAAUGACUUGUCAGAAGUGGAUAAGGCACAUAAAGGUCAAAAUGUGGAUGAGAUGUUGUCUGAUGAUUACUACGAACAGGAGGAAGAUCAAGGCGAUGCCUUGCGCAACAAAUUUUUAAAUAACGCCGAUGGCUAUCCUUCAAAAUCGCAGUCGAACCUGACUGUAGCUGCUUCCAAUAACUUCGUGCGUGGGAAGAAGUCAAAAGCUUCUUAUGUUGGUGAAUAUGAAGACGAUUUUGAGUAUGAGGACGAUGAUGUUGAUGAAGAUGACCCUGAUGAUGUGGAUUUUGAUCCAGACUUUGGCACCGCAAGCGUUGGAAGAGAGAACAAGGAUGAAGACUGGGAAGGUGGAGACUUUGAUGAAGUCGAUAAUUCUGAUGAUGAUGAAUUAGACAUUUCAGUUGAUGAUGAUGACGACUUUUAUAAGAAACCAAGGCGGAAGGGUGUGCGUGGCAAUGUGAAGUCUGGUAGAGAACCUAAAUUAUCUACAAUUUCCAAUCGGAGGAAGAGAGGUAGAACAAUUUUUGAAGAGGAAUACUCAUCAGCAAAUGAUUCAGAGGAUGAUUUCGAAGAUCACUUUAAAAGUACAGGCGGGAGAAGCAGACAUAUCCACAAAAAAACUAGCGGUCGAUCCAUUUUUUCAAAAGCUCCUGGAAGUAAUAAUGAAGUGCGAACUUCUACUCGAUCUGUGCAGAAAGUAUCGUAUGCUGAAAGUGAAGAAAGUGAAGAAAAUGAUGAAGAUAUCAAGAGAAAGAGGCAAAAGGAGGGAAAUGAAGAGGAAGAUCGUGACACUAUUGAGAAAGUGCUAUGGCAUCAGCCAAAAGGAAUGGCUGAAGAAGCUGAACGGAACAACAAAUCAACAGAGCCUUUAUUGUUGAGCCAUUUAUUUGACUCGGAACCAGAUUGGAAUGAGAUUGAAUUUUUUAUCAAAUGGAAAGGUCAAUCACAUUUGCAUUGCCAAUGGAAAUCAUAUUCGGAUUUACAAACAUUGAGUGGCUUUAAGAAAGUUCUGAAUUACACUAAAAGGGUAACGGAGGAUAUCAAGUACAGAAGAAAAGUGUCUCGUGAGGAGAUUGAGGUAAUCGAUGUGAGCAAGGAGAUGGAUUUGGAUCUUAUCAAGCAGAAUUGUCAGGUGGAGCGGAUAAUUGCUGAUAGACUCAGCAAAGAAGGGUCUGGACCACCAGAAUAUUUGGUCAAGUGGCAAGGUCUCUCUUAUGCUGAAGCUACAUGGGAGAAGUUUGUUGAUAUUGCUUUUGCUCAGGCAGCUAUUGAUGAAUAUAAGGCUCGUGAAGCUGCCCUGACAGCUAAUCAGGGAAAAAUGGUAGAUUUUCAGCGAAGAUAUAGUAAAGCAAGUUUGAGAAAGCUCGAGCAACAGCCUGAGUGGUUAAAAGGUGGUAAACUUAGAGAUUAUCAGCUUGAUGGCUUGAAUUUUCUUGUUAACAGUUGGAGAAACGAUACUAAUGUCAUAUUAGCUGAUGAAAUGGGCCUUGGGAAGACUGUUCAGUCAGUUUCUAUGCUUGGUUUUUUGCAGAAUGCUCAAAAGAUUCGUGGCCCAUUUCUUGUUGUUGUACCUCUAUCGACUUUGUCAAAUUGGGCCAAGGAAUUUAGGAAGUGGCUUCCUAAUAUGAACGUAAUCAUAUAUGUUGGGACUCGUGCAAGCCGAGAGGUUUGUCAGCAGUAUGAAUUUUUCUCUGAAAAGACUGGCAAGGGUACGAAGUUUGACGCUCUGUUAACUACAUACGAAGUUUUGUUGAAGGAUAGGACUGUGCUCUCUAAAAUAAAUUGGAACUAUCUUAUGGUUGAUGAAGCACAUAGAUUAAAAAACAGUGAAGCUUCAUUGUAUACAACACUUAAGGAAUUCAGCACCAAGAACAAGCUUCUUAUUACUGGUACCCCCCUGCAGAAUAGUGUAGAAGAACUAUGGGCCUUACUUCACUUUCUGGACUCGGAUAAAUUUCACAGUAAGGACGAGUUUGUUCAAAAUUACAAGAACCUUGGUUCAUUUGAUGAAAUUGAGCUUGCUAAUCUUCAUAUGGAACUGAGACCUCACAUUCUGCGAAGAGUUAUUAAAGAUGUUGAGAAGUCCUUGCCCCCAAAGAUCGAGCGAGUUCUCAGGGUUGAGAUGUCUCCGCUACAGAAACAGUAUUACAAGUGGAUUUUGGAACGCAACUUUCAUGACUUGAACAAAGGUGUACGUGGAAAUCAGGUUUCUCUUUUGAACAUUGUGGUAGAGUUGAAGAAAUGUUGUAAUCAUCCUUUCCUCUUUGAGAGCGCGGACCAUGGUUAUGGUGGAGACUCUAGUAUUACAGGCAGCAGUAAACUUGAAAGAAUAAUUCUUAGCAGUGGAAAGCUUGUUAUCCUUGACAAGCUUCUUGACCGAUUGCACGAGACAAAUCACCGGGUUUUAAUAUUUUCGCAGAUGGUGAGGAUGUUGGACAUUCUUGCAGAAUAUUUGUCAAUUAAAGGGUUCAAGUAUCAGAGGCUUGACGGGAGUACAAAGGCUGAGGUGCGCCACCAGGCUAUGGACCAUUUUAACGCACCUGGUAGCGAUGAUUUUUGUUUUCUUCUUUCCACUCGAGCUGGUGGUUUAGGUAUCAAUCUUGCCACAGCAGAUACUGUCAUCAUAUUUGAUUCGGACUGGAACCCUCAGAAUGAUCUGCAGGCAAUGAGCAGAGCUCACAGGAUUGGACAACAAGAAGUGGUUAAUAUUUAUAGGUUCGUGACUAGCAAAAGUGUUGAGGAAGACAUCUUGGAACGUGCUAAAAAGAAAAUGGUACUUGACCAUUUGGUCAUUCAGAAACUAAAUGCAGAGGGAAGAUUGGAGAAGAAAGAAGCAAAAAAAGCGAGUACCUUUGACAAGAAUGAGCUAUCAGCUAUUUUGCGCUUUGGGGCAGAGGAGCUGUUUAAAGAAGAGAAAAACGAUGAAGAAAACAAAAAGAGGCUUUUGAGCAUGGACAUUGAUGAAAUUCUCGAAAGAGCAGAAAAGGUCGAACAAAAGGGAGCGGAGGAUGAAAAAGGGCAUGAAUUACUGAGUGCAUUUAAGGUUGCUAAUUUUGCAUCUGCUGAAGAUGAUGGAAGUUUUUGGAGUCGAUGGAUAAAACCUGAUGCUGUUUCACAGGCUGAGGAAGCUCUAGCCCCUCGAGCUGCAAGAAACAGCAAGAGUUAUGCUGAGGUCAUCCCACCAGAACGGGUGAACAAAAGGAAAAAGAAAGGUGUUGAAUCUCAUGAGAGGGCCACAAAGAGGAGAAAUGCUGCUGAUCAUUCUAGUUAUUUGCCCCCACCACUUGAAGGAGCUUCUGCUCAAGUAAGAGGCUGGUCCUAUGGGACCUUGCCAAAGAGAGACGCUACUCGUUUUUUCCGUGCGGUCAAGAAGUACGGUAAUGAUAGUCAAAUUAGCUUAAUUGCAGCAGAAGUGGGUGGGUCUGUUGAAGCUGCUCCUGUAGAAACUCAGAUUGAACUUUUUGAUAUACUGAUAGAGGGAUGCAGAGAAGCAGUUAAUGUAGGAAGCCUGGAUCCAAAGGGACCCCUGUUGGAUUUUUUUGGUGUUCCAGUGAAGGCAGAUGAUUUAUUAAGUCGUGUUGAGGAGCUUCAACUUCUGUCCAAGCGGAUUAACCGCUACAAUGAUCCCAUCUCACAGUUUCAGGCUUUGAUGUACCUCAAACCUGCUACCUGGUCUAAAGGUUGUGGGUGGAACCAAAAGGAUGAUGCUAGAUUGCUAUUGGGGAUUCACUAUCAUGGGUUUGGGAACUGGGAAAAGAUAAGGUUAGAUGAAAAGCUCGGUCUUUCGAAAAAGAUUGCCCCCAUGGAACUUCAGCAUCACGAAACCUUCCUACCACGAGCUCCCCAGUUAAAAGAAAGGGCUUCUCAACUUCUUGAAAUGGAACUUGUUGCUGUUGGUGGGAAAACCUCGGGGGCCAAAGGUGGGCGAAAGGGUUCUAAAAAGCAGAAAGAUCAUCUUCCAAACAUGCCAGUUUCUCGUAGCAAAGCAAAAGCAGAGCCAAUGAAUAAAUUAAAACUGACACGCGCGCACAAGGAGAAUGCUUUGGUUAAAGAGGAAGGUGAGAUGUCUGACAAUGAACAAGUGUAUGAGCAGUUCAAGGAAGUUAAAUGGAUGGAAUGGUGUGAAGAUGUCUUGAUUGAUGAAAAAAAGACACUUGAGCGUCUUCACAGGUUGCAAACCACUAGUGCUGAUCUUCCUAAAGAAAAGGUGCUUUCAAGAAUCAGAAACUAUCUGCAGGUUCUUGGGAACAGGAUUGAUCAAAUUGUUAUCGACCACGAGGCUGAUCCAUCAAAACAAGAAAGGAUGACAACACGGCUAUGGAACUAUGUCUCAACCUUCUCAAAUUUAUCGGGGCCCAAACUUCAUCAAAUAUAUUCUAAACUCAAACAAGAGAAGGAGGCUGCGGGAUCAUCAUCAUCCCACAUAAACGGGAAGAGUCAAUCAUCUACCCUACUUAACAAAGGGUUGGUAGAUACGGAAAAAUUUGAAGCAUGGAAAAGGAGGCGGCGAGCUGAAUCAGAUACAAAUUCCCGCCAUGCCACACCUUCUGAUCCAACUUCAGGUAUUCUUGGUCCACCACCAUCUCAAAUCCGCCCACAAAGGACCCGCAACACGGGUUUCGGUUCAAAACAGGUAAUUCCGCCUUGAUCUAAACGGGCAAAUGGUUUGCGGUUUUCACAAAUGUUUAGUUGCCUGAAGCUGCAAAGCAUCUUCAGAAUGCGCACAUGUGUGAAAAUUUAUAUCUGCUUGAGUUGAGAUGAAACAAAACAAAGGACAAAGUGCAUCGAAUCAAUCAUGCAACCUUAAUACUUUCUUCCUUUAUUCUCCUUUUUUUUUCUGAUAUAAAUUUAGAUAACUUGGUUUAUUUUGUAUAUAUAAUGGGUAGUUAAAUGAAUUCUAUGGUCCAUAUUGGGUGGGAUAUAGCUUCUUUGUAUUGGUAUCUUCAACUUCUAAUAUUCGGUUUUGAAAUCCAAGUGUUUUCCGAUGCUUUUAAUGGUACCA